UAUGGUAUUGCUGAGCCCAUCUAUGAGUGCACUCAGGAAACUUUUAAAAAUUUGUGAGAACUAUGCUGAGUCCCACGGGCUGAGGUACAAUGCCAAGAAGAGUGAACUGCUAGUGUUCAAAGCGCAGAACAAAACUUACGAGAACGUACCUCCAAUCUGGCUAGCGGGCGCACCGCUUACACAAGUCAAGCGCUUCAAGUACCUCGGUCACUGGGUAACAGAGGAUGUGCAUCCACAAUGUUUGCGACAUCUCACACCGAUGACUUCUUUGCAAUAAUGCGGAAGAGAAGUGCAUCGUUAUUGCGUCGAGUUCGUGACAGUGGCAACAGUCUUUUGAAAAUCAUAUCGAGCAAGAUCGAGGGACUGCUGAUCAAUAGCCUUUGCAGUAGGCACUUGGAAGGAGAAAAAAUAAAAUAAAAAAUGUAAUGGUAUAAAAUGUAUAUAUAUAAUGAUAGUUAUGUGUUAGAUUUUUUAAGUCACUAACAUAGAUAUAAGUAAUUACUACUAACAAAAUGUUAUGGUUUUAAAAAAAACUGAAAUAAAGUAUUAAUAAUAAUAAUAAUAAUAAUUAUAACAUGGUCAGAAAAUGUUCUCGAGCAAGUUGACGUAAGCAGAUCCUGCAGUGCCGCCAAAAUAGGUGAUAUGACAAAUUGAGGAGUCGUUUUCCUUGUCCAGCGUCACGGAGCUGACGGAGCUCACGGAGACGCACGCGGCUCAUGCGGCUCUCACUCGGCGCCAGUCGCCCUCGAGCCGCCGCGAGGUUGCUACCUAUCGUUCUCGCGCACAGACCUGUGCAGUAUCCACCUGUGCAGUGCUACAAACAUUAUGUGCUGUGUAUUAUGUGUAUUUGUGUAUAAUUUUUAUGUGUAUUUUGUGUAGUUUACGUAGUACGGAUGUUUUUCGGAAAAUCGACGCAAAAUGCGGUAUAAGACCCUAUAUAUCAUAUUAUAGCGGACAGAACACUUAGAUUCAUGUUUGAGGAGCAAAUCAGCAGAUACACAAUACAGAUGUUAUAUAAACGAAAAAAUAUAAACUGAUAGUUACCAAAGCCGAAAAGAAGGUACGAGUGUACCUAGAAACCAAUGACCGAUGAAAUCGAACAGGCAAUAGCCGACAAUGGCGAUAGGUUAGCCGAACCCGAACCGAAGGAACCGAAAGAGAAGCCACGUGUCUCGUUCAAUAGAGACGUUCACGUUAAGAGAUUCGGUAAACCACGUGAGACGCGGGGCGCCUCUGAUACCCUAUCAGUUAGAAAAGAACCUUUCACUCAUCUAUCUAAAGAAGAACUAAUUGAAGAAGCUAAUAAAGUACUAGCUGCUGCACAGAGCGUCACUUGCACUGCUGACCAUCCACCAGAGAAAUUCUUUUCUCUUCCUCACAGAAGAAAAUUCAAAGAAAACGCUAGAAGAAACAGUGACACUUCACCGGAUGGUAAAACUCCUUUGGGCAGGUCUACGAGCGAUGUGAGCGCCAAGAAAGCUAAAGAAAGGACGUCGCUUUCUACGAUAUUCCGAAAAGCGCAAAGAAACAAGAGCCCCGGUGAGCCAGUCGUUGUUUCCACAAAACCAGUUGCAGCUGUAAAGAGGAGCAAAAGUGACGUCACCGAUCUGAAAUCUAAUACCAACCUGAACACGCAAAAUAAACCAAUUAGGAAAAGAUCUGGCAGCGAAACUGAAGAAUUCCUUAAAUCACUCAGGAACAAAAAGUCGCAACUAUCGCCCAUUAUAGAAAGUUCACCGCGAGAAGACUAUUUCCAAAAGACUUCUCCACUGGAUCUACUUCAGAAGCAAAGGGUGACAAAAAAAGAUAAAGAUAAAGCAGAGGAGAAAAAAACAGAAAAUAAGAAAGUUAACCCAGUCGAGAAACCGCCAAGAUACAAAACUCCUGAGAACCAGGAUCCAAAGCCUCCAACAAGAACCAAAAGAGGAAAAUCUUCUGAAAUAGAUAAGUCGCCCUCCAUUACCGAAACACCGAAACGAAAAUCCGAAAUAAAGAAAACAAUUUUAGUUGAUGAAAUAGACGCUUCCAAAUCUAAAGAAAAUAACUCCGCGGAAGUAAAAGAUAAGAUAAAAGAUAGCAUCCGGAAAAUCGAAGAGAACGUUUAUGGUAGCAAAGAUAUGAUACAUAGCAGUCAGCAGCCUCCUGAUAAACCGCCGCUGACUAGAGGACAAACUGUGGAUCAUAUCGUAAAAAUUCUAAAAGAAGAUCAAUUUACUUCUCCUAAGUCCCACUUGAUCGUACCUCCGAACGGGACUAACGUAAAUCAACCAUUUUCCUAUAUUAAGCCCAGUGUGAGUCCUGACCCAAACCUCUUUGUGAGAACUACCAGUCCUGAUAGAGUGCCAUCUCCAGUUAACAAAAUGACCGACAAACGAGUUGUUUACGCACAAGUAAUUAAAGAUAUCGCUGAUCACGAUAAAUCAAAAAUUGGACACAAAAAAAAUUCUCCAACGCGAGAAAGAUAUGUACACAAUUCAGAUGAAGAUGAAGGACUCGGCUAUGAAGAGAGAAAUAAGUUUUCAACCACUCGAACGUAUGAUUACGAUUACAAAGCUAAUGAAAACCCACAGUUUAACACGAUUGGCAGCUAUAAGAUAACCGAUUCACCAAUUAAGCCAAGAUUCAGGGAGUACAAGCUCAGGAGCUUCGAAGAGCUGGAACCGACAUACGCUAAUGACGACUCACACGACUUAAUAAAUAAGUUUCGAGGAAGGGCCGACGGUAUGGACACAAAGAAGAAACAAUAUGAACCUGAACAUACCAAAGUCGAUUUGGAUUUUAACGAACUAAGUCACCGCCGUCAACUAUUAGAAUCGCGGUUGAACGCUCGAAGGCUCGAACGAGAACGAAACAAUAUUGGAGAACCUAUUUCCAGGUAUUUGGAAACAGACCCGAUUUACGAAGCAGAAAAACGAAUGAAAGCAACAGAAAGGUUUGUUAAUGAAACGGUUAGGUACUGUCGUAAUACUGUAGAGAGGGACGGCUUCGCCGAGAGUAGUGUCACUGAAGACUACAGCAAAUACGAUUCCGAUAAUCGUAAAGUUAAAUACAAUACUGAAACGAGAACUUACAAAGAUAAUAAAGGAGAGAUAGACAGAAGAGAGUUCGUUGAUAGAUACGAUUCAAGGUACAAAGAGAACAGGAAGGUGUUCCCUCCUGAACCAGAAUAUGAACCUCCAAGUCUUGAAUCCAAUCUACAAAAGCCAGUGCUGACUCCUAACGAAUACAAAGAAAAAAAAUAUAAAGUGAAAAAGCAUGUCACUUCUAGUCAGGACGCCCUGCAAACUGGACACAAAUUCAAAAUUAAGGACGAAUGGUUUGGUAAGCGGAAAGGUCACUACGCAUCCAACCCUGAAAUCGCUCAGGAACGUGAGGAAGAGUAUGCAAAUUUACCAAAAUUCUCGGAAUCUUACCAUAAUUCUUUACGCCGAGGCAAAAAGGAUAAAUAUCAAGACGAUUUUGCGAUCAGACGCCACGAUUCAGGCGACAGCAGAGAUUAUUACAGAGACGAUCGAUCUCCGAGGCGUUACGACAUCGAUAACAGACUUGUGGACUCUGGAAUCGAGAACGAUUUCCGUAAGGAUUCCAGUGGAGAAAUCCACAGACGGUAUAGGAGACACGAGAGCGAGGAUGACGUCAGGAACACGUCGCUGUUCUUAGACAGCGAGAGAAGGCACACAGAAGAUAACUACCCCAGCGAACAGAUAUACGCGAAUGGCGAGUACUUGGCGAGGUUCAAGGAUUACAGAGACGAGGAGGAGAGGCGUUACAGAAAAGAGCAGGCAGGAAGGGAUCGGAGUGCCGAUGACGGGUCUCACUUUGCCCACAAAUAUGACAGCUACGACAAAAGUCCAAGCAGAACCAAUGAAAAAAUCAGUGCGAAACCCCCGAAAGCCACCAAAAAACUUUCUGGACUCGAAAAGAUGAAACAACUAUUCUCUCGCGACUCUUCCAAGAAGAGCAAGAAAGAGAAGGAACCUGUCCAGCAGAAGACUCGCACGCGGGUGCUCAAGAGCCCUGAACAUCUUGCCAAAGACGACUCCGAAUAUAGAAGAUAUACAGAUCCUGAACCAAGCGAUAUAGUCGUUAAGAAGAUAGACUAUGAAUGUCAAGCCGACGAAAGGAGAUACAGGGGUUCCCGGGAAGACCUACACAGAUACAGAAGUAUCGAGCCUAGGGACAGUGACGUGGAAAGGAAAUAUAGAGAAACCGAUUUUGACAAAAGAUACGAGAAUACACUUAAAGAGGAGAGAAGAUAUAAGGGUCGUAAAGAAGAAAGCAGGCGUUACAAUUCCUCAGACCGAGACAGUGACCAGCACUCUAGACCUUCGGAUGGCGACAGCGAGUUCAGAAAGUCGAGAUCUAAAACCAAUCGACCGCUGGAUUCACCUGCUUUGGCGGAAAGAUACAAGGAAAGACGCCGACUGGCAACACCGAGCCCUACCCCUUCACCACCCCGCCGGCAGAUAUCCAAUACUCCGACCUCGUCCGGAACUUGGUUCAAGUCUUUGGAUCGAUUGACAAGGAAGAAAGGAAAGAGUCCUAAGGUCGACAAGGAAAGCUCUCUAUCAAUGCAAGAGGAACCCAAGAAAUCCUGGAUGAAAUCGCAGAGCAGACCUCUGAACUCACCAGCGAAAAAUCUGAGGUUCUUCGGCGACACGGACCCGGAUUCCGAUGCCAACGUCAAGCAAAACGUGACUAAAACAAAAAGUCAUCCGCAACCAAAAACUCGCGGGACACUCCGGAAGACAAUAUCGAAUUCAAGCACAGGAAUCGACGAGAUAGACCACCCAGAGCUCUCCAGCAAGAGCUACUCGCUCUCCAACCUCCAUCGGGAUGAGGUGGAUAGAGAAUCACCGCGCACCAAGCAAUACUACAAAAGGAACCUUCAAAAUAUAUCCGAAAUCCAGAGCAACUCUGAGAAUGAGAGUCAGUUCAAUCGGAAAGUCGAUACGAAACCUCCAAUCCCUUAUGACAGAUCCAGAAGUCACAGUAGUUCAAAGACUCUAAAAGCUAAGAGCGAUACCCGAAGGAGAACCGACGAAAGAGGCAGCUCGUCUGAUAUAAGAAGCAGUAAGCAAGAAUUGAACAGGGACAUGAAACAUAGACGAAGGACUCCAGUAACUAACUCCGGAGAGAGUAGUACGGAAGGGGAUUCUAGUCACCAAUCACAACGCAGCGUUGUUUAUCUACAUGCAACAACAGUGGGUGAUAUUCCAGACCCCGGUCGAAUAUCACGCAAUCGUUCAAGAGACGACGUUUCAUCUAUCAACUCUUCAAAUAUUCAAGUCCGCAGCACCACAAAAAGUUUCUCUAUCUUCGCCCCAUGGACCCCGAAGCAUUAUAGCGAUCAAUACGACGUCCAUUAUGCACAGAAACCAAGAAAAAUUAAACCGAAAGAAACUAUGAAGAAAGCAGCAUCGACUAAAACUUUAACAGAUGAGAGACCAUCAUUGCAAAAGAAUAAAUCGUAUAGUCAAAGCACUUUGACCAAAAGACCUCAAAAUAAUCGACUAACUAGUUCUAGUACAACACUAUACAAAAAACCCGAAAAAAAAGUUGAGAGUACACGAAAGUCAACGCCUAGAGACGGGAAAAGAUCGGCAGACGUGAGCAGUCGGGAUAGUGAUAGGGAACGCGUUUCGCGCUCGAUAUCGAUGCCCAAAGAUAACAAUAAAAAGGCUGGUUGGUUUAAAUUAUCGAGUAAGAAUAAAAAACCUGAAAUUAACACUCGUGUGCGAUGAGGAUAAAAAAAAAUCAUAAGGUUUUUUUUAUUAUUUCAAUAUCAGUAAAAACAAAACUUAUAACGAUACAAAGUAAUAUAAUGAAUGAAGCUAUAACCAUUUCGGUUUAAAAAAAUCACAGAGUUCAGCCCUUACAAUUAAUAACGAGAAAAUUUACCUUGUUUCAAAAUAGUAAUAUAAACUGGUUUUAAAAAAAUCUUAUAGAUCUACCAAGAAAUAGAGCAUUUUUCUUUUUAGUAAAAAGAAGAAAAAAGUAGUUCCAAGAUUCAUCGUAGAACAAAAUGCCGUGGUGCUAUAUAAUUUUAAUUAAAUACCUAAGUUUUUACUUUUGUUCGACAGUGCCAUUGACACUAUGUUUCGUUACCAUUAAAAUUAUAAAUUAGUCUUAUCAAAAUGCUUCCAUGAAACUAACCUAGUAAUAUUAAAUAAUAUUUGUGCAUACGUAACUUUGCUUGUAAGUUGAAUUUUAUUAAUUAAGUAAUGAUAUGCCUUUUAGUGACUGGCUCUAAGUUCAAAAUUAUACAUUUCUUCUUCAUAACAUAGGUAAUUAUUGUGAGGUCUUACGAUCUAAUUUAUAAAAGUGUUAUUUUCGAAAAAAUUAAAAGCACAAGAAUAGAUGCCUGUGCCUAGGUAGGAACCAGUAUAGCACUGUGCUAUUUAUUUCUGAUAUAAGUACUUUGAGUAUUAUUAAUCGCCGACCUUAAUUUUAACAACUUAGUUCCGUCCAUUAUUAAUAAUAAAAUGUAACUAUAUUCCCUUUGUGAAUGUUUUUAUUAGAGUCAUAAAUAAUUCUAACUUAACUGUGAACGAUUUUUAAAUAAAACGAUUAAUAAAU